UACGGUCGUUAAUACCCAGUGGCAGAAACUCUUGACUGAAAAAAUGCUGCCAUGUUGCAUUGCACUCCCUUCACCAUCCAGCUGUAUCUCCAGCUUUAUUUUUGACCACCCAUCCCUCUCUAUGCUAGAGAAAAGAUGCACCACCAUGUCACACCUCCAUAUGCUCCAUGCCCACCUCAUCAAGACUGGCCUAGCCAAACACACUAUUGCCGCCAGUCGUGUCCUCUCUUUCUGCGCCAGCUCCCCGGCCGGCGACAUUGACUACGCCCACUUGGUCUUCUCCCAAAUCCAACACCCAAACCUUUUUGCUUGGAACACCAUCAUCAGAGGCUUCUCCCAGAGCUCCACCCCUCAAUUUGCCAUCUCUCUGUUCAUUGAAAUGUUGGAGUUCUCACCCAUUGAACCCCAUAGACUCACCUAUCCUUCACUCUUCAAAGCAUAUGCUCAAAUGGGUCUGGCUCAUGAUGGAGCUCAACUCCAUGGGCGGACUCUUAAACUCGGGCUCCAAUCCGAUCCCUUCAUUCGAAACACAAUCAUCUUCAUGUAUGCGAAUUGUGGCCAUUUGAUUGAAGCUUUUCGUCUGUUUGAUGAGGGUUCGAGCUUUGAUGUUGUUGCUUGGAAUUCCAUGAUCAUGGGUCUUGCUAAAAGUGGGCAAGUCGAGGAGUCAAGAAGGUUGUUCGAUAAAAUGCCGAUGAGAAGCAGAGUUUCAUGGAAUUCUAUGAUUAGUGGGUACGUUAGGAAUGGAAGGUUGAAGGAGGCAUUGGAUCUGUUUCACCUAAUGCAAAAGGAAAGAAUCAAGCCGGAUGAGUUUACAUUGGUCAGCUUAUUAUCAGCUUGUUCUGGCUUAGGAGCUCUCGGAAUAGGGGAGUGGGUUCAUGCUUAUAUAGAAAAGAAUAAGAUUAAUGUCAAUACUAUUGUUUCUACUGCAAUUGUUGAUAUGUAUUGCAAGUGUGGAAGUGUCGACAAGGCCCUUCGAGUGUUUGAGACCAUCCCUAACAAAGGGCUAUCAUGUUGGAACUCUAUGAUCUUGGGCCUUGCAAUGAAUGGCCGUGGGAAGGAAGCAAUUCAAUUAUUUUCAAGGCUCCAAUCCUCUGAUUUGAGACCAGAUGAUGUUAGUUUUCUUGGUGUUCUAACUGCUUGCAACCAUUCAGGCCUGGUCAGUGAAGCAAAAGAAUUUUUCUUCUUAAUGACUGAGACAUACAAGAUCAAGCCGACAAUCAAACAUUAUGGUUGCAUGGUUGAUGUUCUUGGUCGUGCCGGACUUCUUAAUGAAGCUGAAGAACUGAUUGGAAAAAUACCAUUAAAUUCAGAUGCUAUUAUAUGGAGCUCCUUACUUUCUGCAUGUAGGAUACACGGAAACAUAGAGAUGGGGAAAAGGGCAGCAAAGACACUAAUUGAAUUGGAUUCGACCGAUAGUGGAAGCUAUAUACUUUUGUCGAAUGUUUACACAACUGCUGGUCAAUUCACAGAUGCCGUGAAUACUAGGCAGUCCAUGAAGGAGAAGCACAUAAGGAGGGAACCUGGGUGCAGUCUCAUUGAGGUGAAUGGGGUGGUUUAUGAGUUUAUAGCUGGUGGGAGGUUGCAUCCUCAAGCCAGAGAGAUCUACUCCUUAUUGGUCGGGUUGAGUUCAAAUUUACGAGAGUUGGGACAUGUGGAACAUGGUGCUUUGGAUGUUAUUGACUCACAAUGUCAGCAGGUUUCAGUAUAGAAUAACAUGAAACACAACUCUGCUGUUGUAUGUAACAAAGAUCCUUGAACAUACAUGAUUUUCUACAGGAAAGUCUUAACAUUGAUCUGAACUAGAGAAAUACUGAUUAAAUUAGAGCUACAUCUACAUCCACUCAUCUGUCA